AUGAAACCAACGCUAUACAAUAUUAUCUUUUCAUUUUAUGUAUUUAUUAUUGUUGGAGUGGCACCACCUCUACUGAUGAUCAUAUUCAGUUUGAUUACACUACGUAAUAUACGUCUUGCACACAGACGUAUUCGUCCAGCAUUAACAUUUACUGGUAUGCGUCAACGUGAUUAUCAAUUGACACGAAUGUUGGUAUCUGAAGUAGUCGUAUAUAUUUUAUCUACAUUACCUUUUCCAUUUAAUUCUUUGUAUAAUACAGUGACAAUAUCAAUUGCCAAAAGUGUCGAUCGACAAAUAAUAGAAGCAUUUAUUAAUUUUAUUACAGGAACUUUUCUUAUAUUUAUCAAUCCAUCUUCAACAUUCUACAUAUAUUUAACUACAUCUAAAACAUUUCGAAGUGAAGUUAAAGCAGCUUUUAAUAAUAUUGGGCAUCAAAUUUUUAGAGUUCCUCAACGACCUCGACUACCAACUAUGUCUAAAAGAACAACUACCAUGUAG